GAGAUGCUGCCGCUGGCGAGAUGUCUGCUGGUACUGCUCGUCUCCUCGCUGCUGAUGUGCUCCGGGCUGGCGUGCGGACCGGGCAGGGGGUUUGGGAAGAGGCGGCACCCCAAAAAGCUGACCCCUUUAGCCUACAAGCAGUUCAUCCCCAACGUGGCCGAGAAGACCCUGGGGGCCAGUGGAAGAUAUGAAGGGAAGAUCUCGAGAAACUCGGAGCGGUUCAAGGAGCUCACCCCCAAUUACAACCCCGACAUAAUAUUUAAGGACGAGGAGAACACGGGAGCGGACCGGCUGAUGACUCAGAGGUGUAAGGACAAGUUAAAUGCUUUGGCCAUCUCAGUGAUGAACCAGUGGCCAGGAGUGAAGCUUCGGGUGACCGAGGGCUGGGACGAGGACGGCCACCACUCUGAGGAGUCGCUGCACUACGAGGGCCGCGCCGUGGACAUCACCACGUCAGACCGGGACCGCAGCAAGUACGGCAUGCUGGCGCGCCUGGCCGUGGAGGCCGGCUUCGACUGGGUGUACUACGAAUCCAAAGCACACAUCCACUGCUCUGUGAAAGCAGAGAACUCGGUGGCGGCUAAAUCCGGCGGCUGCUUCCCGGGCUCAGCCACUGUGCACCUCGAGCAGGGCGGCACCAAGCUGGUGAAGGACCUGCGCCCCGGGGACCGCGUGCUGGCGGCCGACGACCAGGGCCAGCUGCUCUACAGCGACUUCCUCACUUUUCUGGACCGCGACGACGGCGCCAAGAAAGUUUUCUACGUGAUCGAGACGCGGGAGCCACGCGAGCGCCUGCUGCUCACCGCUGCGCACCUGCUCUUCGUCGCACCGCACAACGACUCGGGCGCAGGUCGGCCGCCGGGGGGCGCGCCUGGGCGCCGGGCGCUCUUUGCCAGCCGCGUGCGGCCGGGCCAGCGCGUGUACGUGGUGGCGGAGCGCGGUGGGGACCGCCGGCUCCUGCCCGCCGCCGUGCACAGCGUGACCCUGCGCGAGGAGGCCACGGGCGCAUACGCGCCGCUCACGGCGCAGGGCACGAUCCUCAUCAACCGGGUGCUGGCGUCGUGCUACGCCGUCAUCGAGGAGCACAGCUGGGCGCACCGGGCCUUCGCGCCCUUCCGCCUGGCGCACGCGCUGCUGGCCGCGCUGGCGCCCGUGCGCACGCUCCGUGGCGGCGACGGCGACGGCGGGGGUGGCGGCCGCAUCCCCCAGCCCGAGCCGGGGGCGUCAGGGGCCGCGGGCAUCCACUGGUACUCGCAGCUGCUCUACCAACUAGGCACCUGGCUGCUGGACGGCGAGGCCCUGCACCCGCUGGGCAUGGCGGUCAAGUCCAGCUGA